GCAAGAGUCCACACAAACAAGUGUGCAUGUGUUUUGGGGUUGAGGGUGGUCCCUAAUCUGUCUUUAUCACCAGCUCUUGGAUGCAUUCCCUCUAGAAAACCAUGACUCCCCCAUUGGUGUGAGGGAACAAAGCUGGUGGGAAUUCAAACAGCUGUCAGGGGAGUUUUAAAAAGCCAAUAUAGGGAAAAGUGAAUGAGGAGGGAGAGAAGAAGAACAGGGAAGAAGAGCGAGGAAGGAGUGUGGGCAGCAUCACUAGACCGGAAUGUCACUGUGCUCAGUAGCUCCUGAAAAACAAAACACCCUUGGACACCACGGGCCUCACUACACCGCAGUGAGGUAUUCUUUCUGUAGGUUUGGUAAAAGUAUCAGGGGUGUGGAGAAAGAUAUAAACAACAUUGUACUCACACUCUGUACCACUCUGCCUAACACUGGGACCAUGAAUGCACAGAAGGCCACUCCCUGUGAGUAUGCUGGCAUACUGGGGGACAGCUCGGACUCUGACGAAGAGCCCAGUCCAGAGGAUCAGCUGGCUAUCUCCUGGGAGCACCUUCCUAUACUGGAGAGAUUGGGCCUCAGCAGUGGUACAGAGAUGACUGAAAAGGAGGUUGAGAAUGCGUUUACUCAGCUUGCACUGGCGUUCCGUUGUGACCAGUACACCCUGACCCAGAGACUGCAGGCUGAGGAACAUGACAGAACAGUGGCCCAGGAGAACUUCAUCCUAGAACUGGAUCAAACCAGAAGCACACUGCAGUAUCUGAGAGGUAGAUGUGUAGACGCUGAGAUGCUGAGUCGUAUUGAGGCCAGUCUGGACACAGUGCUGGACGGCGUGAGUGACAUCAUCGCUGCUGCUGAGAUGCUGGGGACCGUGCACCAGGAGGCGCGCGUGUGUCAUUCUGUGGAGAUGAUGGGUAUCCACGCGGAGCAUCUGAAGCGUCGUCACGCUGUGGAGAGAUCCGAACUGCUGGAGUCCAGGAAGUUUUUCCACCGCAGCAGGGGCAGGAGACACAGCGACUCAGAGGAUGGAGACUUUAGGCACCUGUUUGCCAGGCGAGACUCCCAACAGACCAUCCUUCGGCGAAGAGUCAGCGUCACACUAAUCCCAACGGGAUCCGAGGUUGGAAACAAUAACACUAAGACCUACUCCCAUUGUGGUCCUGUGAUCAUGCUCAGCGACCUGGAGACCAAGUUCCAGGAGGGUUGCAGGGCCAGUGCUGACACUGACAGCCAGGGGCCAGCAGGGGGCAGUGUGAACCAAGCCAGCAGGCCCUCUGAGAUGUCCCCCCACCACACCCCCCUCCUGCUCAGACAGAGCUCCACACAGAGCUCCCAGAGCCUAGAGGAAGAGAGCGAGGUAGCCCCUCACACCAGUUCCCUGCAGAUGACGCUACAUCACAGGCGGAGGUCUGCAAUCGUGGCGCAUGAGGCUAGUUCAGAGGAGGCCGAAGCCAAGGAGUCAAGAGCGGGGUCUGGAGUGGGGGCGGGGUCUGGAGCAGGCACAUCCGAGACCAGUGAGCUCAGUACCUGUAUUGCUGAAUCAGUCUGCACCACAGAACCGCUAGUGGUGCUGUCAGAGCAGCGCCCCCUAGCUACGUGGCUGUCUUACUGGACGUGGAUGGUGCUGCUCCUCCUGGCUCUCUACUUCUUCCUGCUGCUGGGGUUCCUCCUCUGGGGUCUGAAGGUUCCACACCACAGCUCUAGCUUCUGACAUCUCACUUCUGCUGCACUGCAUCUCAGCUCUACACCACAGAGUUCUGGGAUCCACGUUCUGAGAUAUGAUUUAAUAAUAUUUAUGCCAUUUAGCAGACGCUUUUAUCCAAAGCAAUUUACAGUCAUGCAUGCCGUGCAUAUUUUUACUUCUGUACCACUGAGGACUAAGAACUGAAUUCUGAGCUAUGCACCACCACCAACUGAGAUAAACUGGGCCUGGCUCUGUGAAUGCAGGAGUUCCCAUAGUGUGGUCUACAGUUGGGCUCUGCUCAACUACCGGAGUCUCUCGCUGUGCAGUGAGUUUAAGAGGGGUGAGAGUUAAGAAUGUGCAGUAAACUCACUCCAUAGCUAGCUUGAAAUGUCACCAAUGGAUAGCAAACUGGAUCCUUUUCUAUAGCUCAAUUGGUUGGUACAGUACGUUGUUGUCCCUCCCUCAGGCGCUUGAUGUUGCCGGUCUACUAACCACUGGUCCUUGCAACCCACAUUGCGUACACCUGCUCCCCAUCAUUAAGCACACCUGGACUUCAUCACUACCCUGAUUACUCUCCCUUCAUAUAGCCCUCACCAACCUCAGUCAUCAGGCAGUAUUGGUUCUGUUUUCAUGUCCAGACGCUGUGCUUGUUUUGUAACACGCUAUAUUCAUUAUUAAACUCACCAUCUGCAACUGCG